GCCAGGUACGUCGUGCGUGGUUCCCUAUUUAUAUAUAUAUUUAUACGUGUGUGCGUUUGUGUGCACGGUUGAGCUAACAUACGUGUGUAUAUAUAUAUAUAUAUACUGCAUUGUCCUACGCACGUGGCUCUACGCGUAUAUAUAGGAAAAGUCGUGUUUUCGAGUGGGUGAGGACGAGUUUCGGGGUAUUUGUUGGUUCACCGAUUGCUGUUGCUAUAGGUGGUGGUGGUGGGUAACGCUCUUUUUUUGUGCUUUUCUUUCAAUCGAGUGUGUUUGGCCUUCCCCCGCGCUAGUGAAGAUCCAUCGAGGAAAGAGCUCUCGACACUACACAUCGCUAUUUUCUUUUUUUCCAACUGCGGAUAUCAAAGGUGCGCGGUGAAAGAGGAAAAGCGAGAACAGAGAGAGGGAAAAAAAUGACGGAGGAUCAGCAGCAGCAGCCGAGCUACAAGCUAAUCUACUUCAACGCUCGGGGUAGGGCCGAGCACAUUCGCUUCGUGCUCGCCUACGCCGGAGUGGAUUACGUCGACGAGCGCGUCCCGAAGGAGCGCUGGCCCGAAUUAAAAAAGUCGGUGCCUUACGGUCAGCUGCCGGUGUUGGAGGUGGACGGCCAGCGGGUGGCUCAGAGCAACGCGAUCGCUCGUUACUUGGCGCGAAAAUACGGCCUCGUCGGAGCCGACGAGUGGGAGGCCAUGCAGUGCGACGUCCUCGUCGACAGCCUCGGCGACCUCAGGCAGGAACUGUUGCAAUUCCAAAAGGAGGAGGACCUCUUCAAGAGGGAGGAGAAAAAGGCCAAGUUCGCGAAAGAAACGAUACCCUUCUUCCUGAACAAGUUCGAGCAGACCGUUGGCAAAAACAACGGCUACGCCGUGGGAUCGAGCACAACGUGGGCGGAUUUCGUGUUUGCCGUUGCUUUGGAGAACUUUGAGCAAAUGUUCGGCGGUGGGGCGCUGGAGAGCUACCCCGCCCUUCGCAGUCUGAAACAACGCGUGCACGGCAUCCCUGCCAUCGCCGAGUGGAUCGCAAAACGGCCCCACACCAGCUCUUAAGAGCAAAAAGGCACACCAGAAGAGGAUCGAGUAGCAAAAAAGAUAUACAAUGCAAACACAUGCCGUUCCGGGAAGUCUUGCGGAUGCUCGUCGUCGAGGCUAAUAUUGUCCAACGACAGAGUAUAUACGUUUAGCUGAAUGUGGGCCAGCAUAGGUGUCUUGCUGACAAGCAAAAAUGAAUGGUCGAUGUAUAUUGUCUGCGAUAUAUAUAAUACGUAUAUUUUCCGAGUGAUGUGUAUUAAUCUGCAGGGAUCGUAAAAUACUUGAUUGUAUACGUAAUGUAGAGUAGAACGGGGCAAGUAUAGCUCGCCGGUUGUGACACGCCGUUUGCAAUUGACGUUGCCAUUUGCCAUGGCGUAUACGUGUGUGUGUAUGUUUACUUAUACGUGUAUAUACAUGUAAAAUGCAAUGUGCGUUUGUUUUGGUAGAUUGUAAUUUUUCUCCC